CAGCCCGGCGUCCGCCUCGCCGCCUCGCUCGCCCCGGCUCUGGCCGCUGCGCCCGCCAGUCUCGAGAGGUAGGAAGAGCCUGCUGCCCGCCAGCCUCCGUGGACCCCUCGGACCCCGCCGGUCCCGCCCUGCCCGCUGACCGGGAGCGCAGGUGGAGCUGCGGUGCCCUCUCUCUCGCCGCUGGGUGCCCAGCCUCCGCUUCAGGGCACACUCGGAGAACAAUCACGGUUUGGAUGUGAGAAAGGACAUGAGGAGACCAAAGACCUGGGAUUUUGCCGUUCAGAAUGAAACAAAUGUUGAAAGAUUUUUCAAAUCUACUCUUGGUGGUACUUUGUGACUAUGUUCUUGCAGAAGCUGAAUAUCUCCUCCUGGGAAAGCCUGGCCAUGUAGCACUAAGCAACAACACAGUAUCUGUGGACUUCCAGUAUUUCAGUGGUGCCAAUGGGACGCUGAGGAACGUAUCUGUCCUGUUGUUGGAGGCCAACACCAAUCAGACUGUUACCACCAAGCACCUCCUGACCAACCAAUCCCGGGGAACACUUGAGUUUGAAUGCUUCUACUUCAGGGAGGCGGGAGACUACUGGUUCACCAUGACUCCAGAUGCGGCAGACAACAGCACUCCAGUUCGCCUGUGGGAGCGAAAUGCCUUCCUCAAGGUGGAGUGGCCUGUCUUUCACGUGGACUUGAAUAGGACGUCCGAGGCAGCAGAAGGCACCUUCCAGGUGGGCCUUUUUACCAGGCAGCCCCUGUGCUCAUUCCCUGCGGACCAGCCUGACAUCUUGGUGGAUGUUAUCUUUACCAACAGCCUUCCCGAGGCAAGAACAAGUCCAGGAGAGCCACUGGAGAUACGAACCAGCAAGACAACACAGCUCUCUCAAGGUCAGUGGGUUGAAUUUGGCUGUGCACCCGUGGGGCCGGAAGCCUACGUCACUGUGGUGCUGAAGCUGCUUGGCCAAGACUCCGUCAUUACCUCCACGGGACCCAUUGACCUGGCCCGGAAAUUUGGGUACAAACUGGUGAUGGUGCCAGAACUCAUGUGUGAGUCAGCGGUGGAGGUGUUGGUGCUGCCCCCGCCAUGCGUCUUCGUCCAGGGAGUGAUCGGGGUCUUCAAGGAGGCCCCCCGACGCCCUGGGGAAGGGACCAUCCGGCUAGCUGAAAGCAGCCUGACCUUGGGAGAGAGGAGAACAGUAUUCAACUGCACUUUGUUUGACAUGGGGAGGAAUAAAUACUGCUUUGAUUUUGGCGUUUCAAGCGGAAGCCAUUUUUCCACAAAGGAGAGGGAGUGCAUGCUAAUUCAGAGAAACAUAGAAACUUGGGGGCUAUGGCAGCCGUGGAGCCAGUGUAGUGCCACGUGUGGGGAUGGUGUCAGAGAGCGACGCCGCGUGUGCCUGACUUCCUUCCCCUCCAGACCUGGCUGCCCUGGAGUGUCCAUGGAGACCUCCCUGUGUUCCCUGGAGGACUGUGCUGCUUUCCAGCCAUCCAGUGCGUCCCCUCUUCAGCCCCAGGGUCCGGUGAAGUCCAACAACAUCGUGACCGUUACUGGGAUUUCCUUGUGCUUGUUCAUCAUCCUCGCCACGGUCCUCAUCACGCUGUGGCGGAAGUUCGGCCGCUCCCCGAAGUGCCGCCCGCCCGCUCGGCACAACUCCGUCCACUCCCCCAGCUUCCGGAAGAACUCCGAUGAGGAGAACAUCUGCGAGCUGAGUGAGCCACGCGGGAGCUUCUCCGACGCCGGCGACGGGCCCGCGGGGGGCUCGGGGGACGUAGGCAUCCCCCUGACCUACCGGCGCAGCCCGCCCGCGGCUCCCGAGGACGACGCCUCUGGCAGCGAGAGCGUGCAGUCCAGCGCCCAGAAGAUCAUCCCGCCGCUGUUCAGCUACCGCCUGGCCCAGCAGCAGCUGAAGGAGAUGAAGAAGAAGGGCCUGACGGAAACCACCAAGGUGUACCACGUGUCUCAGAGUCCCCUGACAGACACGGCCAUCGACGCCGCCACGCCCCCCUUAGACGUGGACAGCCCAGACGAAGCCGCCGCAAACAAGUUCCGAAUCAAAUCCCCGUUUCUGGAGCAGCCCGCGGGCGGUGCCGCGGCCAGGCCCCCCUCCAGGCUGGACCCCCCGGUGCGUCCGGCCAGUUGCGCCGUCAGCCCGAGCCAGACGGUGAUCCGCAAGUCCGCGCUGAGGCACGGCGGCGGCAGAGGGGCGCUGCCGGAGAGGGGCCACCCCCGGGGCUCCCACUUCAGGAGGACCGCUAGUUUUCACGAAGCCAAGCAGGCCCGGCCGUUCCGGGAGAGGAGCAUGUCCACUCUGACGCCACGGCAGGCCGCCUACACUUCUAGGACGCGGACCUGGGACCAGACCGAAGACAGACUUCGGCCACACAGUCGAGGCGCUGCUCCGUUUCCGGAGAAACCGGAAGGGGCGGGUGCAACCAGAGGUCCAUUAAACCCUCCCCCUAAAUCCUACACUCUGGGGCACCCCAUGAGGAAACCGGACCUGGGGGAUAGCCAGGCAGGCUUCGUGGUAGGAGGUGAGAGAACUGAGCCUCACAGAGCUCGGAGGGGCCCGUCCCCCAGUCACAGGGGUGCCUCGAGGAAGCAGCCUUCCCCCACUGCCUCCAAAGAUAGCUACCAGAGGGUCAGCCCUCUGAGCCCUUCUCAGGGUAGAAAAGACAAGUGUCAGAGCUUCCCAGCCCACCCUGAGUUCGCCUCCUAUGACAAUACGUCAUUUGGCCUCACUGAGGCCGAGCAGAGGAUGCUGGACCUCCCGGGCUAUUUUGGGUCAAAUGAGGAGGAUGAAACCACAAGUACUCUCAGUGUGGAGAAGCUGGUCAUCUAGACCCAGAUCAGCCCGAGACUUCAUACAGUUGGGGUCCUUUGCCCAGCUCCUGGCAUCAGCUGUUCACUGAGCUCUAUGGACUGUUUUGUGUAGCUAUUUGUACAUUAGGAUUGGGUGGGGAGGGAGUAACUCAAGUGUGUGCAUGUGUUUUAAUUCAUAAGGAAGAAGUUACUUAUCCUGCACUUUUCCCUUUGUUAUCCUCGUUCUGUUGGUUUAUUACUAAUAACCACAAUAAUAAAAAUUAAACAAGAGUGAAA